ACGAUGAUUUUCAUAUUUUUAUUUUACAUUUAAAAUUUUCGUUAAUACAAUAGGAAUAUUUGUGACUGAUCAAGAAAAAUCAUUAAAUCAAUUUUGUCUUCAACCAUUUUCAACAAAAAAAGAAGAAUAA